AUUAAAUAUGCAUUAUAUACUCUUAUAUGUAUGUAUAUAAUUGCAUAUAUAACAAUGUACAGUAUUGACAUUAUAAAGCAUUGUUAAGAUAAUGACGUUAAUUAAUUUGCGAUAUACAUAUAUGUAUCGCGAUGUAAGAAACAAAGUACAAAGUGAUUAUCGGUUAUGGUUAUAAGUUUAUUCACACUGUCUACUUUUUGUCCUUGUAAUUUGUGCAGUGGACCAAAGUAUUGUGGAAUAAUAUACAGAAUAAUAUGUAGCAUCGCUGUCAUUGUGGUAUGCUUUCUUGGUAUGAGUGUACUUCUCUCAACAAAUUAUAAAUAAAGAAUUAUGUAUCGGCGAAGGAAAUUGUUUUUUAUUCUGCAAAACUGACGUAUAUGUUAUCGGCGCAGAACCGAUAACAGUUUCUCAUUAAUAGCUUAAAAAUUGCGCGUAGGCGCGUCAACACUUCAACACCCCCGAAGGGUUUCCAUGGUGAUAAUGGCAAACAGAACGAGAAUAGAACAGCCGACAAUGGAUAUUUCUGAGAUCGGUCAUUAUCGUUAAAAACAUUAUGGUUAAAAACACUUUGGAAUCUCUGUAUAAAGUCAUGAAAAUUAUUACGCGCUCUUUUCCGCAACAUGAAAAAAAUUGCAACUCCGACAAGUUUUCGAUGAAGUGACAGAGCUUACACGAACAACUACAAUAAUUUAGCGUGUCAUUGCCAUAAUAAAGUAUUUGGAUCGCAUUGCACGCGGUGGCAUAUCAGUGAUAAAAUAAGAAAAGUAAAGUAUGGAUAAUGUUACGCAUGAUAAGCCCGAAAGAACGAUUUCAUCCUUGCCUGAUAGCACACUUGAAAUGCCAUCGUGGUUGCUGGAAAUGACUUGCAAUAUAGGGAAAAUGAAUACAGAUAACGAUGCCAAAUCACUGCAAAUGGAAGCAAUUUUGAUUGAUGAUCAUUUCAAAAAUAUAUUUCUUAAGAAGGAAGCUGAUGAUACAAAUAUACAACCUGGCGCAUGUUUGAAUGAGCUUUACGAUGUUGAUGAUAAUAUUAAAUUACAAACGUCUGCAAGCAAAUCACUGCCAAAUACACCAAAGAACGAAGUUGAACAAACAAAAACACGCGCCUGUUCUGCAGUUGUAAAUGCGAAACACCGUAUAAAAGAUGACUUUCGUGACUUAGAUGCAUAUUUAGAAAAGAAGCAGUUAGAAUUGCACAGCAAUAAUUAUUUAGCGCCUGUUGAAAAUUAUGACAAUGCAAGGAUUUGCGAUAAUAAGGAAUCUAAUUUGGAGUACAAAUGCUUUACAAAUGUUCAAGAUCAUGUAAAUAAGCGAUUACAUUUGUUGGAUGACAAUUAUUAUUCGAGUAGUUCCGCCUUUAGUAUACAGAGUGAAGAAAAAUCAAAAUUAUCUAGCCAAGAGACUCUUAAAUCUUUUAGCGUACUUGAAAACGAUUUCGUCAAAAGUAAUGAUCACGCAUCAAAUAUUGAUCUGCCAGGAACAGAUAAAAUUUACAAAAACUUCAUUAUUCCGGAAUUGCCAUCAGGAGACUCAUUAAUUAUUAAUAUUCUUUCUACCUGGGGUGAUAAAUAUUAUGUAGGGCUUAAUGGCAUCGAAAUUUUUUCAAAUACCGGAGAACCGGCUAAGAUAAAAAAUAUCUAUGCAGAUACGAGCUCUAAUAAAUCAUUGGAUAACAGUCAUAAUUCUCAUAUUGUAAAUAAUUUGAUUAAUGGUAUUAAUCAAACGAGAGAUGACGCAAAUUUAUGGUUAAUGCCUUAUUCAAGUGGUGACCAUCAUUAUGUUCAUAUCAUAUUUGAAUUCGCAAUUACUAUAGCAAUGAUCAGAAUAUGGAACUACAACAAAUCUAGAAUACAUUCCUUCAGGGGAGCUAAAGAUAUUAUCAUUAAAUUGAAUGACAUUACUAUUUUUUAUGGGGAAAUUGCUAGAGCAUCGGGCGAUGAUAUGGGUAGCCUCGACUCUUUUGGUGAUACUAUAUUAUUUACAACGGAUGAAAAUAUUCUGGAAUUGAUAUCAAAACAUGAUAAUACGUUCAUAGAAUUCAAUAAUGGAAUGUCAGAUUAUGAGGAGAAAGAAACAAUUCGCCCGAUAACAGCAACAAUUAAUGAUAUUACUUCAGCAAGACAUAUAACUAAUGAAAAUCCUAUUGAGAAUUCUUCCAAUUUGUAUACCAAUAGUAAAAUUUACAAUACAUCUUCUACCAUUUUAUGCUGUAGAGAAAUUCAGUUAAUUAUAAUUUCUAAUUGGGGUUUACAGCAUUUGGUUGGUCUUACUGGUAUAGAAUUAAUUGGAGAUCAAGGUAUAACAGUUCCAUUAGCAAAUGCUAAUUUACACUGUAAUGUAGAAAAUACGCAUUUAACGAAUUUGAUUGAUGGAUGUAAUGUUACAACUGAAAUGGAUCACAUGUGGCUAGCAGAUGUAACAUCGAAUAAAAGAAUUGUAAUAACAAUUACAUUUAAUACAGAUGUGUAUCUAACAGGAAUGCGAAUUUGGAAUUACAAUGCAUCUCUGGAGCUGUCUUAUUGUGGAGUAAAACGAUUAUUAGUUAAAUUGGAUGGUAAACAAUUACACGACGAAAAUCUUGAAGGCUUUUUAUUAAGACGCGCGCCGGGAUCUUGCCAUUAUGACUUUGCACAGGAAAUUAACUUUGCUAAUAAUCCACUUGCUCAAGUACAUCUUUCAGAUCAUUCUGCUGAUUUAGUUAAAUCAUCCGAAGAACCUGCAUCUUUGGAUUCAAACUAUGAAGCUCCGUCAAUGCCGCAGGGAUUUGUUUAUCAAAUAAUAAUUUUCUCCACAUGGGGAGACUCUUACUACGUUGGCCUGAAUGGAAUACAAAUAUAUGAUAAUUAUGGAAAUGAAAUCAAGUUAACUGCAGAUAAUAUAGCUGCAUUUCCUGAAAGUGUUAAUAUAAUAGAAGGCAUAGAUAAUGAUAUUCGUACUCCAGAUAAACUUAUCGAUGGAAUAAAUAAUACUAAAGACGGACGUCAUGCUUGGUUAGCACCUAUACUUCCUGGACAAACAAAUCGUGUGUAUUUAAUAUUUUACCAUCCUGUUAUGGUAUCAACGAUUAAAAUAUGGAAUUAUGGGAAAACGACGCAAAGAAGAGUUAAAGAAUUUGCAAUAUUGGUAGAUGAUUUAUUAGUUUACAACGGAACUUUAGAUAAACAUAAUUCAUAUGGACUGGUAACAUUUGUGAAGGAAAAUAGUAAUAAUGAGAGUUUGGUGAAUUGCUCGGAACAAGAAAAUCAUCUUUUAAAUUUACAAAGAAAUACCUCAGGUGCUAACUCACUACCAGAUCCAUCUCUUCGUCCACAUACAUCUUUACAAUUUAAAGAAUCAUAACUAUAUACAUAUUUGUAUGCAUACGCAUAUACAUACAUGCUGGUGU